AUGCCGCCCUCUAAACCGCCUAUCGAUGACCACUCCGCUCCGGACCUGGAGAUUGUUGGAAGCCAGCUUACUAUUCACCCAUCUGGCUUCACAGGAGGACCUGGAGCUCAAGAUGAGCAAAUUACUGAACGAAAUCUUGUGCGCCACAUGGCCCGUUUCCGCGAGAACCCCUUCGAGUUCCUUCGAGAAGUGAGCCUGUACAUGUCUGGAACAGGCUGGCGCGCAUACGACGAACCUAUUGGUCAACCGGUGUUUUAUUCGGGAUUCUCCGAACGAAUGAAAUCUUCUAUCCUUUCGAGUAAAAUGCUCCAAGAGAAAAUACGGGAGUUGGCAUCAACUCGAUUAUCAGUCGAGGAGAGCGAGGGGCUGAUUGCGAUUGUCGAGGGUCACACACUGGAUGAGAAGCGGGCUCGCCGACGACACGAUAUUGAGACUAGUCUUCGGGAAGUGGUGGACAAAAUGAUGGACGACAUGAUUUGCAAGAUGGAAAGCAAGAAGUUUAUUCGAGGCGCGUACUACCUGUGCACGCAACUUCUCACGCGGGCCUACCACCAGGGCAUCCAUGUGUCGAGUGAAGAAGUCCUGCGAUUGCGCUCAGUUGCUGAGACCGCUGCGAAGAAAAAACAAUCCAUUGUUUUCUUGCCCUGCCAUAAGUCUCAUGUGGACUAUGUUUCCCUGCAACUCAUUUGCUACCGCCUUGGUAUCGGCCUCCCAGUCGUUGUUGCAGGCGACAACUUGAAUAUCCCACUUUUGGGGCCUUUCUUGCAGCACGCAGGGGCAAUGUGGAUUCGACGCAGCUUUGGAAAUGACCCACUUUACCAUACUGUUGUACAGGCAUACAUCGACACACUUCUCACACAAGGGUUUAACUUUGAAUGCUUUAUCGAAGGUGGUCGUUCUCGCACAGGAAAGUUGCUUUCGCCGAAAUUCGGCAUUCUCAGCUUCAUCGUCGACAGUGUGCUGUCGGGACGGGUGGAAGACACAAUAAUUUGCCCAGUCAGCACACAAUAUGACAAGGUUAUCGAAACUGAGUCUUAUAUCAGUGAACUUCUGGGGCAGCCUAAACAGAAAGAGAACUUAGCUGAUCUUCUCUCGUCAUCGUCUGUUUUGUCUCUCAAAUUAGGAAGAGUGGACGUCCGCUUUCACGAGCCGUGGAGCUUGCGUGAAUUUUUAGGCCAGCAGAUUACGAGGCUCAAUAUGUCAGAUAUAGGUUCUAACCAGAAGCUAGCCCACGAGGAGCGUGGGCGAAUUCUGAGGACUCUUGGUUACCGAGUAUUGUCGGAAAUCAACGAUGUCUCGGUUAUGAUGCCAACUGCGCUUGUUGGAACUGUUUUGUUGACUCUCCGUGGUCGCGGAGUCGGUAAAGGCGAGUUGGUGCGACGGUUGGACUGGCUCAGUGAGCGUGUACGGGCCAAAGGUGGCCGGGUCGCUCAUUUCUAUCGCUCGCCAACUGAGAUGGUCGUCGAUCGAGCUCUUGAUGUUCUAGGCCCGAAGCUUGUUGGCGAAAUCCCAGGGUUGGCCGAGCCAACUUAUUAUGCCGUUGAUCGCUUCCAAUUAUCCUUCUACCGCAAUAUGCUCAUCCAUCUCUUCAUCACAGAGGCUCUGGUGUCUGUUGCUAUGUAUACAAAGAUCAAACAAGGUGGCGGGCCUGCCAACCAGCGCAUCGGCUACGAGGCCUUAAGGAGCCAGGUGUCAUUUCUCUCUCAGCUCUUCCGUGGGGAGUUCAUCUUCCCUCCCGAGGGUCUAGCAACCAAUCUCGAAAAUACAUUGAAUUGCUUGGAGACUGACGACGUCAUUAAAAUUACUCGUGACAGCUCCGGAACUCCAGAGUAUGUUGAGUUGAGUGAGACGGAACGCCUGUGUGGCCGCGAGAACUACGAUUUCUAUUGCUUCCUGAUUUGGCCAUUCAUUGAGGCAUCGUGGCUCGGUGCUGUAUCUCUACUUGGCCUCACACCACUUCUUGAUGGCCCCAAGGAGAUCUGGGUCAAUGUCAAGAAGACACAGGAUGGUGCACAACUUCUUGGAAAAACGUUGUAUCACCAAGGUGAUCUGUCUUAUUUUGAAGCAGUCAACAAAGAGACACUCAAGAACUCAUACCAGCGAUUUGAAGAGGAAGGCAUCAUUCUUGUUGCCAAGACCAAAGAUUCCAAAGCUGGCCCGACCCUCAGACUUGCUCCAGAGUGGACUCCAGAGAGAGAUCCUCAUACAGGUCAAGUUCUGCCUCACGGCCGGCUAUGGGACUUUACUGAACUUAUUGCUCAGUCACGUCGUGAAGGCAAAAAUCGCCGUGAUGGUGCCACUGUCUCUUCGCGAGUCUUGACAAUGUCUGAUCUUGUCGGGCGACAACUCUUCCAGAACGCCGCAGCGCCAGCACCUACCGAUAUUUCGUCAAAGCAAAUGCGCAGAAAGGCUAUUGCCACGGACUCAAAGCUAUAA